ACUAAGUUUUUUUACAGUUUUUUUUCAGACUCCAAAGCCAUCCACAUCCAUUCCUUUUAAAUAGCGGCGUGCGGCAAAAAGAAAAUCGAGCGAAAAGCAGCCAAUCUUAUUGUUGUGAUCCUGAUUCCCCCCGAUCGCGGUUAUAUUUUUUUGUUCAGUGCAUCGAAGUGCGGGGUUUUUCACAGACAACAAACGAAGCGGCAGACCAAAGCGGACACGCAAAACAAAAAACGAAGUACGCAAAAAGGAGAAAAAGAGAAGCAGCAGUUUACAACUACACCAAAAUAAAAGUGAUUACGCAUAAUUCAGCCAGUGAGCCAGUGAGCGAGUGAGCGAGCAGAUCCCGCCAUCAUGAGCAAGAAGCCGACAGCCGGACCGGCGCUCCACAAGGUCAUCAUGGUGGGCAGUGGCGGCGUGGGAAAGUCCGCCCUCACACUGCAGUUCAUGUACGACGAGUUCGUCGAGGACUACGAGCCCACCAAGGCCGAUAGCUAUAGGAAAAAGGUUGUGUUGGACGGCGAGGAAGUACAAAUAGAUAUAUUGGACACGGCUGGUCAGGAGGACUAUGCCGCCAUCAGAGACAAUUACUUUCGCAGCGGCGAGGGAUUCCUCUGUGUCUUCUCCAUCACAGACGACGAAAGCUUCCAGGCUACCCAGGAAUUCAGAGAACAAAUAUUGCGGGUGAAGAAUGAUGAGAGCAUACCGUUCCUGCUGGUCGGCAACAAGUGCGAUCUGAACGACAAGCGCAAGGUUCCGUUGAGCGAGUGCCAAUUGAGGGCGCAGCAGUGGGCGGUGCCCUAUGUGGAGACCUCGGCUAAAACCCGCGAAAAUGUCGACAAGGUAUUUUUUGAUUUGAUGCGCGAAAUAAGAUCACGAAAAACCGAAGAUUCGAAAGCCACGAGCGGGCGUGCUAAAGAUAGAUGCAAGAAGCGGAGACUUAAGUGUACCCUACUUUAGGCAUUAGGUAUUUUAUGAUCUAAUCAGGGAUAUUUCAUCGCGUAAAAAACAACGUCAGACGGACGUGAAACAGCCGCCGAAGCCCAAUUCUCAUUGCUGCCAACUGCUGUAGGAUGAACAACAACUACAAUAACAACCGAAAACAACCAUAUGAUGAACAACAAACCAACUGCAGCAGCAACAACAACUUGGAAACAUAAACGGCCACACGGAUAAUACCAACCACAAUUAAUAAAAGAAGGAGAAGAGAACGAUAUGAUAUGUUAAUAAAUAAUUGACUUAGAGAACACCAGAACACAAAAAAACACUGCGCUGAGAAUAUCUAAAUUAUUUGCCACUCUCAAAACUCAAAAACCACGUAAUCGUAAUCCAAGUUAACUUGCAUUGUAAUAUACAUAAAUAUAUAUUAUUUAGGAAGCCAAUUUCCCUAUAAACAUCAAAUGAAAAGCACACAGACAGGCAGCUUAGAAAUUCUGUCGUUUCGUUUUCGUUUUUCCUUUUCAAUUAUCGAUUUUUGUGUUGCCCCCACCACCCGUACAAUAAAAUGUUAAAACAAAAACAAAACUAAAGCUUAAACUUAUUAAAUAUAAUCAAUCUUAGACACUUAAAGCAAACAGUAAUAAUUAUGCAAUUUAAUAAAUGCUAUAGAUAUUUCUCUUGUUUAAUUAUACAUACGCAAACAUUUUUUUGUAAUAUUUUAAAGUUUAAUAGCAAAAUGCAAACAACACAAACCAACAAGAAACCACACAGAAAAGCUUUUUAUAAAUACAUAUAAAUAUAUAUAUACAUAUAUAUAUAUAUAUUUAAAUAUAUAAAAAAUAGUUUAAAGUAUAAAACACUUAAAAUGCUAGAAAAGAGAGGAAAAAAAAGGAAACGAAAAUAAAAAAUAUCUCCAAUUAUUAAUUGUAAACAAAGUGAAUCGAAAGAAAUUUUUAAUGCAAUUUUUGUAAUUUUCUAAACCGAGAGCAAAUGAUUAGGGAUAUUAAAA